AUGGAGGAAGAAUGGCUAGUGGUCUUUGUGCAGGGGAUUCGCUUUGUGGUGGAACUGGUGUGGCCUUUAUCCUUGUUUCUCAUCUUGAUCUGGCUAAGGAAUGCCAACCCACUCUACAGCCAACACCAAUACAGACGCGUGGGAACCCAGACAGGGCCGUCCUUCACCUGCCAUGCCAACCUUAAGCGGCACUUUGGAAAGUUUAUCUCUGAAGGUCAACAAGGGUUUACUGGGGAGCGGGUUUUAUCCUACCUGUGUAACACUAUUUUAGCAAGGGUGUAUCGAGAUUUUCGAGAAGUCCUCAUGGAUGCGCCCGAGAGCCAGCAUCUUGGCCAGGUUUGGACAGAGCUCCGCACCUUAGCCAGGCUCAUGGACACCCUGAGGACUCAUCCUGAGAGCUUUGCAGGAAGAGGAAUACAAAUUCGAGAUAUUUUAAAAGAUGAAGAGACACUGACGUUGUUUCUUGUGAGGAACAUUGGUUUGUCCGACUCAGUUGCCAGCCUUCUGGUCAAUUCCCAAGUCCGCAUGGAACAGUUUGCUCACGGAGUCCCAGACCUGGCACUGAAAGACAUUGCCUGCAGUGAGGUCCUCUUGGAGCGCUUCAUCAUCUUCAGCCAGCGUCGUGGGGCACAGACUGUGCGUGACACCCUGUGUCCCCUCUCCCAGGGCAUCCUACAGUGGAUGGAAGACACUCUGUAUGCCAACGUGGACUUCUUCAAACUCUUCCGUGUGCUUCCCACCAUCCUAGACAGAAGUUCUCAAGGUAUCAAUCUGAGAUCCUGGGGGAAAACAUUAUCUGAUAUUUCACCUAGAAUUCAAGAGUUUAUCCAUCGGCCAAGUGUUCAAGACUUGCUGUGGGUGACAAGACCUCUCCUGCAGAAAAGCAGUCCUGAGACUGUCACCCAGCUCCUGGACAUCCUGCCUGACCUCCUGUGCGGGUACCCAGAGGGAGGAGGCUCUCGUGUGUUCUCCUUCAACUGGUAUGAAGACAAUAACUACAAAGCCUUCCUGGGGAUUGACUCCACGCGGAAAGACCCCAUCUAUUCCUACGACAAAAGAACAACAUCCUUUUGUAACGCAUUGAUCCAGAGCCUGGAGUCAAACCCUUUAACCAAAUUGGCUUGGAGGGCAGUAAAGCCUUUGCUUAUGGGAAAAAUCCUUUUCACUCCGGACUCCCCUGCAGUGCGAAAGAUACUGAAGAAUGCCAAUUCAACUUUUGAAGAACUGGAGCGCCUCAGGAAGCUCAUCAGAUCCUGGGGAGAAGUAGGGCCCCAGAUCUGGUACUUCUUUGAUAAGAGCACCCAGAUAACCAUGAUCAGAGAAACCCUGGGGCACCCAACAGUAAAGGACUUUGUGAAUAAACAGCUUGCAGGAGAAGGUGUCACUGCUGAAGCUAUUCUAAACUUCCUGUAUAAGGGUCCCAGCGAGAGCCCCUCUGAUGACAUGACCAGCUUUGAUUGGAGAGCUAUAUUUAACAUCACUGACCGUUCCCUACGCCUGAUUAACCAAUACCUGGAGUGCCUGGUACUAGAUAAGUUUGAAAGCUACGAUGAUGAAAUUCAGCUCACCCAGCGAGCCUUGUCUCUGCUAGAACAAAACAGGUUCUGGGCUGGUGUGGUGUUCCUGGACAUGCAUCCCUGGACUAGCUCCCUGCCACGCCACGUGAAGUAUAAGAUCCGCAUGGACAUAGAUGUGGUAGAGAAAACAAAUAAGAUCAAAGACAGGUACUGGGAUUCUGGCCCCCGAGCAGACCCUGUGGAAGAUCUCCGGUAUAUCUGGGGUGGCUUUGCAUAUCUGCAGGACAUGGUUGAGCAAGGGAUCACCAGGAGUCAGGCCAGGGCAGAAGCUCCUGUUGGAGUUUAUCUCCAGCAGAUGCCUUAUCCCUGCUUUGUCGAUGACUCUUUUAUGAUCAUCCUGAACCGCUGUUUCCCCAUCUUCAUGGUGCUGGCAUGGAUCUACUCUGUCUCCAUGACUGUCAAGGGCAUUGUCUUGGAAAAGGAGUUGAGGCUGAAGGAGACAUUGAAAAAUCAGGGCGUCUCGAAUGCAGUGAUUUGGUGUACCUGGUUCCUGGACAGCUUCUCCAUCAUGUCGAUAAGCAUCUUCCUUCUGACCAUCUUCAUCAUGCAUGGAAGAAUCUUACAUUACAGCAAUCCAUUUGUCCUCUUCCUGUUCCUGCUGGCGUUCUCCACGGCCACCAUCAUGCAAUGCUUCCUGCUUAGCACCUUCUUCUCCAAGGCCAGCCUGGCAGCCGCCUGCAGCGGAGUCAUCUACUUCACGCUCUACCUGCCACACAUUUUGUGCUUCGCCUGGCAGGACCGGAUGACGGCUGAGCUGAAGAAGGCGGUGAGCUUGCUGUCUCCUGUGGCAUUUGGGUUUGGCACGGAGUAUCUGGUCCGCUUUGAAGAGCAAGGCCUUGGGCUGCAGUGGGACAACAUCGGAAACAGUCCCAUGGAAGGAGAUGAGUUCAGUUUCCUGCUGUCCAUGCAGAUGAUGCUCCUCGAUGCCGCCCUUUAUGGUAUACUGGCCUGGUACCUGGACCAGGUGUUUCCAGGAGACUAUGGAACUCCACUUCCCUGGUACUUCCUUCUACAAGAGUCUUACUGGCUUGGUGGUGAAGGGUGUUCAACAAGAGAAGAAAGAGCCCUGGAAAAGACUGAACCCCUAACAGAGGAAAUGGAGGACCCAGAACAUCCUGGAAUGAAUGACUCCUUCUUUGAACGGGAGCUUCCAGGGCUGGUUCCUGGAGUAUGUGUGAAGAAUCUGACCAAGGUUUUUGAGUCCUGUAGCCGGCCAGCCGUGGACCAGCUCAACAUCACCUUCUAUGAGAGCCAGAUCACCGCGUUCCUCGGACACAAUGGCGCAGGGAAAACCACCACCUUGUCUAUCCUGACAGGUCUGUUGCCGCCAACAUCGGGGACUGUGCUCAUUGGGGGAAAGGACAUUGAAACCAGCCUGGAUGAGGUCCGCCAGAGCCUGGGCAUGUGCCCACAGCACAACAUCCUGUUCCACCACCUCACAGUGGCAGAGCACAUCCUGUUUUAUGCCCAGCUGAAGGGGAAGUCCUGGGAGGAGGCCCAGCUGGAGACGGAAGGCAUGUUGGAGGACACAGGCCUCCACCACAAGAGGAAUGAAGAGGCCCAGGAUCUCUCAGGCGGCAUGCAGAGGAAGCUGUCGGUGGCCAUCGCCUUCGUGGGCGACUCUAAGGUGGUGAUUCUGGAUGAGCCCACCUCUGGGGUGGACCCCUACUCUAGACGCUCCAUCUGGGACCUACUCCUGAAGUAUCGCUCAGGCAGAACCAUCAUCAUGUCCACGCACCACAUGGACGAGGCAGACCUCCUGGGGGACCGCAUCGCCAUCAUUUCCCAGGGAAGGCUCUACUGCUCGGGCACCCCGCUCUUCCUGAAGAACUGCUUUGGCACAGGCUUUUAUUUGACCUUAGUUCGCAAGAUGAAAAACACCCAGAAUCAAAGAAGUGCUUGUGAGGGGGCCUGCAGCUGUGCGUCUAAGGGUUUCUCCAGGUGUCCAGCUCGAGUGGAUGAGAUCACUGAAGAACAAGUCUUAGAUGGGGAUAUAAAUGAGCUGAUGGACUUGGUUCGGCACCACGUUCCAGAAGCCAAGCUGGUAGAAUGCAUUGGUCAAGAACUUAUCUUCCUUCUUCCAAAUAAGAAUUUCAAGCAGAGAGCAUAUGCCAGCCUUUUCCGAGAGCUGGAGGAGACACUGGCUGACUUGGGGCUCAGCAGUUUUGGAGUUUCUGACACACCCCUCGAAGAGAUUUUUCUGAAGGUCACAGAGGACUCUGAUCCAGGAUCUCUAUUUGCUGGUGGCACUCAACAGAAAAGGGAUACCACCAGUCUCCGAUACCCCUAUUUGGGUCCCAACAAGAAGGGGAGACAGCCUCCCCACACCUGCUCCUCUGGACAGGCUGGUCCCCCCGAGAGCCAGACUUCUCCUCCAGAGCAAGGGGACCCCAGUCCCCCACUCAACACGGGCACCCAGCUGGUCUUCCAGCACGUGCAGGCUCUGCUGAUCAAGCGAUUCCACCACACCAUCCGCAGCCACAAGGACUUCCUGGCCCAGAUUGUGCUCCCUGCCACAUUUGUGUUUCUGGCUCUGAUGCUUUCCGUCAUCGUGCCUCCUUUCGGUGAAUUUCCUGCUUUGACCCUUCACCCCUGGAUGUAUGGGAAGCAGUACACAUUCUUCAGCAUGGAUGAGCCAGGCAGUGAGCGCCUUGCAGAACUGGCAGAUGUCCUCCUCAACAGGCCAGGCUUCGGCAACCGCUGCUUGAAGGAAGAAUGGCUCCCGGAAUACCCGUGCGGCAACUCCACCCCCUGGAAGACGCUGUCUGUGUCUCCAAACCUCACCCACCUGUUCCAGAAGCAGAAAUGGACGACAGCCAACCCCUCCCCCUCCUGCAAAUGCAGCACCAGGGAGAAGCUCACCAUGCUGCCCGAGUGCCCCGAGGGAGCCGGGGGCCUCCCUCCCCCCCAGAGGACACAGCCCAGCACUGAAAUCCUACAAGACCUGACUAACAGGAACAUUUCUGAUUACUUGGUAAAGACAUACCCCGCUCUCAUAAGAAGCAGCUUAAAGAGCAAAUUCUGGGUCAAUGAACAAAGGUACGGAGGAAUAUCCAUUGGAGGAAAGCUCCCAGCCCUCCCCAUUACUGGAGAAGCACUUGUCAGUUUUUUAAGGGACCUUGGCCAUAUCAUGAAUGUGAGCGGGGGUCCUAUCACCAGAGAGGCCUCUAAAGAAAUGCCCGAUUUCCUUAAAUAUCUUGAAACUCAAGACAACAUUAAGGUGUGGUUUAACAACAAAGGUUGGCAUGCCCUAGUCAGCUUUCUGAACGUGGCCCACAAUGCCAUCCUUCGUGCCAGCCUGCCCAAAGGCAGAAACCCAGAGGAGCAUGGGAUCACGGUCAUUAGCCAGCCCCUGAACUUGACCAAGGAGCAACUCUCAGAGAUCACUGUGCUGACCACUUCUGUGGAUGCUGUGGUUGCCAUCUGUGUGAUUUUCGCCAUGUCCUUCGUCCCAGCCAGCUUUGUCCUCUACUUGAUCCAGGAGAGAGUGAAUAAGGCUAAGCACCUGCAGUUUGUCAGUGGAGUGAGCCCCACCACCUACUGGCUGACCAACUUCUUGUGGGACAUUAUAAAUUAUGCUGUGAGCGCUGGGCUGGUGGUGGGGAUCUUCAUCGGGUUUCAGAAGAAAGCCUACACGUCUCCGCAGAACCUUCCUGCCCUUGUUGCGCUACUCAUGCUGUAUGGAUGGGCGGUCAUCCCCAUGAUGUACCCAGCAUCCUUCCUGUUCGAUGUCCCCAGCACAGCUUAUGUGGCUUUGUCUUGUGCUAAUCUGUUCAUCGGCAUCAACAGCAGUGCCAUCACCUUCAUCCUGGAAUUAUUUGAGAAUAACCGGACACUGCUCCGGUUCAACACCAUGCUGAGGAAGCUGCUCAUUAUCUUCCCCCACUUCUGCCUCGGCCGGGGCCUCAUUGACCUGGCACUGAGCCAGGCUGUGACAGAGGUCUAUGCUCGGUUUGGCGAGGAGCACAUCUCCAAUCCAUUCCAGUGGAGCCUGAUUGGGAAGAACCUGGUUGCCAUGGCCGUGGAAGGGGUGGUGUACCUCCUCCUGACCCUCCUCAUCCAGCACCACUUCUUCCUCACCCGCUGGAUUGCUAAGCCCACCAAGGAGCCCAUUACUGAUGAAGAUGAUGAUGUGGCCGAAGAGAGACAACGAAUUACUAGCGGGGGGAAUACAAGUGACAUUUUAAGAUUAAAUGAACUAACCAAGGUGUAUUCAGGGUCCACCAGUCCAGCAGUAGACAGGCUGUGUGUUGGGAUCCACCCUGGAGAAUGCUUUGGUCUCCUGGGAGUGAAUGGUGCUGGAAAGACCACCACAUUCAAGAUGCUCACUGGGGACACCACAGUGACCUCCGGUGAUGCCACAGUAGCUGGUAAAAGUAUCUUAACCGAUAUUUCCAACGUCCAUCAAAGUAUGGGCUACUGUCCUCAGUUUGAUGCAAUUGAUGACCUACUCACAGGCCGAGAACACCUUUACCUUUAUGCCCGGCUCCGGGGUGUACCAGCAGAAGAAAUUGAGAAGGUGGCGAACUGGAGUAUUCAGAGCCUGGGGCUGUCUCUCUAUGCAGACCGCCUGGCCGGCAUGUACAGUGGGGGCAAUAAACGCAAACUCUCCACAGCCAUCGCGCUCAUCGGAUGCCCGCCACUGGUGCUGCUGGACGAGCCCACCACAGGGAUGGACCCCCAGGCUCGCCGCCUGCUGUGGAACACCAUCGUGAGCAUCAUCAGAGAAGGGAGGGCUGUGGUCCUCACUUCCCACAGCAUGGAAGAAUGUGAGGCGCUGUGUACCAGGCUGGCCAUCAUGGUGAAGGGCACCUUUCAGUGUCUGGGCACGAUUCAGCACCUCAAGUACAAGUUUGGAGAUGGCUACAUUGUCACCAUGAAAAUCAAAUCCCCCAAGGAUGACUUGCUUCCUGACCUGAAUCCUGUGGAGCAGUUUUUUCAAGGCAACUUUCCAGGCAGCGUGCAGAGGGAGAGGCACUACAACAUGCUGCAGUACCAGGUCUCCUCGUCCUCCCUGGCUAGGAUCUUCCAGCUGCUCAUUUCCCACAAGGACAGUCUGCUCAUCGAAGAGUACUCAGUCACGCAGACCACGCUGGACCAGGUCUUCGUGAACUUUGCUAAACAGCAGACUGAAACAUACGACCUCCGCUUGCACCCUCGAGCUGCAGGAGCAAGCCAGCAAGCCAAGGUUUGAUCUCCUCCCAUGCAGCUCUGGGCAACCUUUGCCCACAGGGUCAUCUGAACAACUGGCUGGCAUAAAUGACUCCGAGCAAACAGAAAACAAACACAGAGGUAGCACACGGGGAACUCAAGAGGAAGUUGUUUCAGAAGGAAACCAG